GCCUGUUUUGCUUUCCUCGUCACCUCCUCUCUCUCUCUCUCUCUCUUAUUUAUUUAUUUAUUUAUUAUUAAUAAGACAGAGAUGCAUAGAUCCAUAUCGAUUUCGUUCUUAAGUUAGAAGACGGUUCUUCUUUAGGUUAAUCUUUUUUUUAUGGUGGAGAAAAAAUGGCCGUGGAACUGAUGAUGGCCUAUGGUCUUGACAGCUUUACCUCCAACAUGGAAGAGAAUUCAGUGAAGGAAGCCGCGUCCGCUGGGAUUCAAAGCGUUGAGAAAUUCUUAAGAUUGAUUUCUCAACAUGAUAACUAUCUUCAUCAACAUCAACAAGUAGCUGAUGUUGCUGUGACCAAGUUCAAAAGGGUGAUUUCUUUGCUCGAUAGAGGAAGAACAGGCCACGCUCGGUUUAGAAGAGCCCCUUCCAAUCCCAUGGCCUCGUCCUCGUCUCCUUCUUCUUCUUCUACUCCUCCUCCGCCACCGCCGCAGCGGCAAGAUGGGCCGGGCCAGGACCCAUCUGGCUCAUCUUCUCCUUUUCAGCACAAUAGUAAUCCGAAACAAGAACUAGCUUCUGCUUUCAAGGUUUAUUGUCCGACGCCGGUUUUGCGAUUGCCGCCUCUUCCCCAGAAUCAAAACCAGGUCCAAUCUCGCCAAAACCAUCCAAUGAAUAGUGUGGUUUUGGCUCCGAGAAAUGGGUCUCUGGAGAAAAAAGACACGGUUGUCUCUGCUGCGACUAUAAAUUUCUCACCAUCGCCGUGUAUUUCUGGGGCGAAUUCGUUCAUGUCUUCGUUAACAGGGGAUACUGAUAGUACUGUUCAGCCUUCGUUUUCGUCUGGGUUUCAGCUCACUUCGUCUACUGGGAGACCACCUCUGUCUACGUCGUCGUUUAAAAGGAAGUGUAACUCGGUGGAUGCUGGGGCGAUGAGAUGCGGCUCAUCUUCAGGUCGGUGCCACUGUUCGAAGAAAAGGAAAUCGAAAGUGAAAAGAGUGGUUCGAGUCCCAGCAAUCAGCAUGAAAAUGGCCGAUAUUCCACCUGAUGACUACUCCUGGAGAAAGUACGGCCAAAAACCUAUCAAAGGCUCACCACAUCCACGGGGAUAUUACAAAUGCAGCAGCGUUAGGGGCUGCCCAGCGCGCAAACACGUGGAGCGGGCUCUAGACGAUCCAACGAUGUUAAUUGUGACCUACGAAUGUGAUCACAACCACACUCACUCGGUCACAGAAGCCACGGCUGCCCUUGUCCUUGAAUCAUCUUAGUCAAUGGAUCCAACGGAUCACCAAUUCUUGAUUAUUUUAUAUUAGAAGAAGAAACCAGUAAAAAUGUGUUACAGAUGGUCAACUAUAUAGGCCUGGCACUGUAUCCAAGAGGAUUAGUGGAUACAUUUGCUGCCAAUACAGAAAAGCAGUUGGGUGAUUCCUUUGUUUCUUUUGGUUUGUUUUCUUUCAAAGAUUAUCCGAGGGGCGUAACCAUUUGGUACCAUUUUUUUUUAUUUUUUAAAGUAUCAUUUAGUACCUUAUGUUUAUAAUAAUAUUCAUUUUUGUUGUCU